AUGGAUCUCGGAACAUCGGAAAUACGACAGCGAAAAGGGAUAACAAAAAUUGUCGAGGAUUUCGAUAUAUUCGAAAAAGUAGUGGAAAAUGUGAAAGAGGAGAAAAAAGCGUCCUCUGGUGCAAUUUCAUUUGUGUGCUUCACCAUCAUUUUCUGUCUGUUUUGCACGGAAACAUACACAUUUUUGUUCCACAAAAAGUAUGAUUAUCGGUUUGCGGUGGACACAGAGAUGGAUGAAAUGCCUCUCCUCGAUCUGGAUAUGGUUAUCAACACGCCCUGCAACAUAAUGCAAGUAGCCAGUUCUUCCGACGAGUAUUCCGGUGAAAAUGGUCUUCUCCGGCAAACCAUCCAGAAGAAUCCAACUAGAUUUGAUUUCACUGACGAAGAGCAAAUGUAUUGGACUAUUCUACGUCAUGCACAUGACCAAUACAACAAAAGAGGACUUCGCGCGCUGGAAGAGUUGGAAUAUGUCGAUGACGAUAUUGAAACCAAUCUGGAGCAUUUGGCAAAUGAAAAGCAAGAAGAGGAGGCCGCUCAUAUAAAGGAACAAAGAAUGAAAAAUAAGAAGCAGCAACACCGGGGGAACGGACAGAUUAUGUUCUUGGUUAGUAAUGGAAUGGGAAUGUUCCAACUGGUGGCUGACAAUGGUGGUGGGGAUGGAGACGAUGGAAAAGCGUGUCGUCUUCAUGGAAAGUUCCGAGUUAGAAAAGGAAAAGAAGAGAAGAUUAUAAUGUCCAUCAGCAACCCGCUCAUAAUGUUCGACCAUGGAGGUCCUCAACAGGGGAAUAUUUCUCAUAGAAUUGAAAAAUUCAAUUUUGGACCAAGAAUCCCUGGAUUGGUGACCCCACUUGCCGGUGCUGAGCACAUCAGUGAAUCUGGCCAAGACAUAUACCGCUACUUCAUCAAAAUUGUGCCAACCAAGAUUUACGGAUACUUCACAUACACACUGGCAUAUCAGUACUCGGUUACAUUCCUGAAGAAGCAAUUGAAGGAGGGAGAGCACUCACAUGGAGGAAUUUUGUUUGAGUAUGAGUUCACAGCAAACGUUAUAGAAGUGCACAAGACUUCCACAACCCUCUUCUCCUAUCUCAUCCGCAUUUGUUCGAUCCUUGGAGGUGUCUACGCCACAAGCACUAUUAUCAACAACAUUGUUCAAUUCUUGUUAUCCAUGGUUUACACCGACAAGGAUCAGUUCCAUCAUUUACGGAAUUCUAGGGCAAGUCUCUCAACUGAUUCCUCUCACUCUGCAUUUGUGAUGGAUGCCAACAUGCAAGUGCAUUGA